CAUAUCCUCGACUCCUACGCCCUACGCUCCUACGUAUAUGGAUUAGCAUUGAGCUAACAGAAAAGCCCAUCCACAUAAGCAGGGAGUCGUGACAGCAGCUCAGGACGAGCGAAAAUGCGGAACCAGGACCGAAUGAAGUGACAGCGGAGGUUUCUUAUCCAGCCCCAAACAUCCUGACCGAGCAGCUCCCAUGUGCUUCAUCCAAACAGCAAGGACUGGACAGCUCGAUAUAGAAGAUGGCAACAAAAAGCCGAUAUGUGCUGCAGAGAGUGUUGAGUGGACUCAGAAAUCCUUCUGUUUGGUACCAGAGCUCAGCCUCGACCUCAGGUCAAGGACGCCUGCUGUGGAAACCUCAACUCAGACAGCUGAGCUGCUCUCACACACUCAGCAAGGCUCAUCCUCCAAGCACAGGUCCCAGCAGUCUGUCAUUCAGGAGUCACACCUGUGGAGAACUGAGAUCCCAUCAUGUGGGAGAGAAAGUCUCUCUGUGUGGCUGGGUCCAGUACCUCAGGCAGGACCUGUUUGUCAUCAUGCGAGACUUCAGCGGCUUGACACAAGUUCUAAUCCCUCAGGAAGAAUCUGCGUGUAAUUUGAAAGCAGCGCUGUGUGAUCUCACAACCGAGUCGGUCGUCAAGGUUACAGGAACAGUCAGACGACGACCAGCGGGGCAGGAGAACAAGAGCAUGCCAACAGGAGAAAUAGAAAUCCUGGCUGAGAGUGUGGAGGUUUUCAACGUGUGCCAGAAGUUGCCUUUUGAAAUAAAAGACUUUGUCAAAAAAUCAGAGUCUUUGCGGAUGCAGUAUCGCUACCUGGACCUGAGGUCCUCUCAGAUGCAGAAGAACCUCAGACUGAGAUCUCAGCUGGUGAUGAAGAUGAGAGAAUACCUCUGUAAUGUGCAUGCUUUUGUGGACGUGGAAACUCCGACCUUGUUUAAAAGAACACCAGGGGGAGCCAAAGAGUUUGUGGUUCCGUCCAGAGAGCCGGGACGCUUUUACUCUCUUCCCCAGAGUCCACAGCAGUUUAAACAGCUCCUAAUGGUGGCUGGCAUAGACAGGUACUUCCAGAUGGCCCGGUGCUACCGAGAUGAAGGCUCCAAACCUGACCGGCAGCCUGAGUUCACCCAGGUAGACAUAGAAAUGUCUUUUGUGGACCAGGCCGGUAUCAUGUCCCUGGUGGAGGGUUUGUUGCAGUACUCCUGGCCUGCAGAGAACGGUCCCAUUAAGGUUCCUUUCCAAACCAUGACCUAUGAAGAGGCCAUGAGGGACUACGGCGUGGACAAGCCUGACACCAGAUUCAGUAUGAAGCUGGUCGACCUCAGUCAGGUUUUCUUAUCCACAGAAAUUGAGUUCCUCCGAUCAGCUCUCAGCCAACCAGGAGGCUCCGUUCAGGUCAUCUGUGUCCCCAGUGGAGCGAAACUAAUUGCUGGGAAAGUUUUGGAAGAACUGAAACAAACGGCUAAGACUCAGUUCAGCCAGGAGCUCAGCGUGCUGCUGGUCAAAGCAGACGGGACGUUGAAGUCUCCUCUAAAGAAGCUGCUGUCUGUCUCAGUCACUGAUGAGCUGCUGCAGAGGGCUGGAGCCCAACCAGGAGACCUGCUGCUGAUGGCAGCUGGUUCCCUCCACACUGUGCGCCCGUUGCUGGGUAAUCUUCGUCUGCAGUGUGCAGAGCUCCUGGAGUCUCGUGGCGUUUCGAUCCGUGACCCCUCAGCCUUCCACUUCCUGUGGGUUGUGGACUUCCCUCUGUUUUUACCCAAAGAAGAGGAGCCGGAGCAGCUGGAGUCAGCCCAUCAUCCAUUUACUGCUCCACUGCCGGAGGACACACAGCUACUCUACACAGAGCCACAGAAGGUACGUGGUCAGCACUAUGACCUGGUGUUAAAUGGCUGUGAGAUUGGAGGAGGCUCCAUCCGCAUCCACAAGGCUUCAGAACAGCUUCAUGUCCUAGAGGGUAUCCUCAAGGAGGACCCCAGUCUUCUCUCUCAUCUGCUGGAGGCUCUGGACUCGGGAGCACCACCACAUGGAGGCAUUGCUUUGGGUUUGGACCGGCUGGUCUCCAUUAUGGUCGGGGCUCCCAGCAUCCGUGACGUCAUUGCCUUCCCCAAGUCGUUCCGGGGUCACGACCUUAUGAGCUACGCCCCUGACUUUGUAUCUGAGGAGGAGCUGAAGUCUUACCACAUCUCUGUCAAAUGGCCAGCAGAGCGAGGAGGUAGAGGAGGAGGAGGAGGAGGAGGGCAAGAGGGGAAGUGAGGAGGGAAAGAAGGAAGAGCUAAAGAGAAUUCAGAGGAAGAAAUGAUGCCUUGCCAGAUCUCUGGAACCUACACAUCAGAGGAGAAAGCGUGGGGAAAAGGAGGCAAGGAGACAGAAAUGAGCAGACAACCAGCAGGCGGUAUAGAGCAGCGGUUCUGAAACUUUUUCAAGGACCCCUAAACUGACACAAAUUAGACCACGGACACCCAUUGGAUAAGAUUUUGUCCCAGGGUCCUUGGAUUUUUGCUUUUAGAUGUUUUAUUACAGAAAGUGUUUGAAACCCACGUCCAAAAUAGUCAUGCAUUUUGUUAUGGUGUUACUUAUAGAUUAAUAUUUUGUAAAAAUAAAUUAUUAAUUGCUAGGGGCCCCCUCAAAAACCCUCAGGUCCCGCACUUUGAGAACCGCUGGUGUCGAGACUGUAGACUAUCAAGACCUCUGCCAGCUGGCUGGCAGAGGUAAGACAGAAAAUGAGGAGGAGGUGUUGCUGUGGCUGCAUCUCAGUACUGUUUCUUUUUAAAAUGGAAGAGAAAAGGGAGUUGGACCUGCCACAGCAUACAUUGUGGAAAUGGAAAACCUUGCCGGGUUCAACAAAGAAGAAAAGCUUAUUACCAAGUCUCACUGAUAAAGUACAACACUGCUUAGUUGGUUUAUAGAUUCUCUGUUAUGAUGGUGGUUUCCUCUCAGACUAACGCCUCAUAUAAUCAUUCUUUAACAACAGAAACGUUUCUAUGAAUGAUCAACCAUUCCCUCAAUUCAAGGAUUAUAGCUCUGUUAACUCUAAAGAGCUGCUUAUUUGGUAUUGGUUUGUGUCACGUGAGGGUCUAAAUGUCUCACCGUGGUAAGAAUAAAACUCUGAAGUACCACGUCAAACCUGUAAUUAUAUUGUAUAAGCCACAGUCCUCGCUCUGUGUAAAAACAUUCUAAUUUUCAGCUGAAGCUAAUAUGAGAAGUUUAAGUUGGCCAAAUCAAGUGGGUAUCUUCCAAAGUUAGAUUUACCUGUGGGGCAGUUCCUGGAGUUCUAGUAAUCUUACUCAUGUGACAUUAUAAAAGUCAUAUUUUUGCAGGUGCAAAUAUCCUCUGUUUUAAGUUUUGUAUAGUCAGUUUGGUUCAUCCCCAUAUUGUCCAACAAUAAAUUGUUAUUGUAGUAAGGCA